GGUGUCGCCUGACCGGAUGAUGACAGAAGUUUUUGGUCAAAUGUGGCUACUUUCAUCAUGCAGUCGCCCAGGUCCUAACCUCGCCGGGGCUCUGGCCGCUCUCAGGAGUCCUGACUCGUCACCUCUUUGCGUCGUAAGGAAAUAAACCCCCAGAGACGGUGACAGACCACAGUGCCAUCUGGGAAGUUUCUGGUGUGCUGACGGAGCGACCCUUGGCUCGCGCUCUUUGACCGGGGGGAAGAGCAGGAUAGAGCCCGCUGGGCUGACCGACGUGUCGCGAUGGGAAACCGGGGGAUGGAAGACCUCAUUCCCCUCAUUAACAAGCUCCAGGACGCCUUCAGCUCCAUCGGCCAGAGCUGCAACUUGGACCUGCCGCAGAUAGCGGUCGUCGGCGGCCAGAGCGCCGGGAAGAGCUCCGUGCUGGAGAAUUUCGUUGGGAGGGACUUUUUGCCUAGGGGAUCUGGUAUUGUCACCCGUCGUCCUCUCAUCCUCCAGCUGGUUAACAGUAAAGCAGAGUAUGCAGAGUUCCUGCACUGCAAGGGCCGCAAGUUUGUGGACUUUGAGGAAGUUCGUCUGGAGAUUGAAGCAGAGACCGACCGUCUCACUGGAUCCAACAAGGGCAUCUCCCCCAUCCCCAUCAACCUUCGUGUCUACUCCCCGAAUGUGCUGAAUCUGACCCUGAUCGACCUGCCGGGGAUGACCAAAGUGGCCGUAGGAGACCAGCCUCAGGACAUCGAGCACCAGAUCAGAGACAUGCUGCUGCAGUUCAUCACCAAGGAGAGCUGUCUGAUCCUUGCCGUCACCCCCGCCAACAUGGACCUGGCCAAUUCUGACGCCCUCAAAAUAGCCAAGGAGGUGGACCCUCAGGGCUUGCGGACUAUUGGUGUGAUCACCAAGCUGGACCUGAUGGACGAGGGGACGGAUGCAAGGGACAUCCUGGAAAACAAACUACUGCCACUGCGCAGAGGUUACAUCGGGGUGGUGAACCGCAGUCAAAAGGACAUUGACGGGAAGAAAGACAUCCGUGCUGCUCUGGCUGCUGAGAGGAAGUUCUUCCUGUCCCAUCCUGCAUACAGACACAUUGCAGAACGCAUGGGCACACCACACCUGCAGAAGACCCUCAAUCAGCAACUUACCAACCACAUCCGCGACACGUUGCCAGGGUUACGCAGCAAGCUGCAAAGCCAGCUGUUAUCGCUGGAGAAAGAGGUGGAGGAGUACAAGAACUUCCGCCCUGACGACCCUACACGCAAGACCAAGGCCUUACUUCAGAUGGUGCAGCAGUUUGGUGUUGACUUUGAGAAGUGCAUCGAGGGGUCUGGAGAUCAGGUGGACACCUCCAACUUGUCAGGUGGAGCCAAGAUCAACCGCAUCUUUCACGAGCGCUUUCCUUUCGAGCUGGUGAAGAUGGAGUUUGACGAGAAGGAGCUGAGGAAAGAGAUCAGCUAUGCCAUCAAGAACAUCCAUGGAGUCAGGACAGGCCUGUUCACCCCAGACCUGGCGUUUGAGGCCAUAGUGAAAAAGCAGGUCAUUAAGCUGAAAGAGCCCUGUCUGAAAUGCAUCGACCUGGUCAUCCAGGAGCUCAUCAACACAGUCAGACAGUGCACCAAUAAGCUGGGCUCAUACCCUCGACUGAGAGAAGAGACAGAGAGAAUUGUUACCACCUACAUCAGAGAGCGAGACAGCAAGACCAAAGACCAGGUGCUGCUGUUGAUUGACAUUGAGCUCUCGUACAUCAACACUAACCAUGAGGACUUCAUUGGAUUUGCCAAUGCCCAGCAAAGGACUGCUGCUAACGCUACCAAGAAGAGAGUCAUGCCCAAUCAGGGAGAGAUUCUUGUGAUCCGCAGAGGCUGGCUCACCAUCAACAUCAGUAUCAUGAAGGGAGGAUCCAAGGACUACUGGUUUGUCCUGACUGCUGAGUCUCUCUCCUGGUAUAAAGAUGAGGAGGAGAAAGAGAAGAAGUACAUGCUGCCUCUGGACAACCUGAAGCUGAGAGAUGUGGAGAAAGGAUUCAUGUCCAGCAAACACGUCUUUGCCAUCUUCAACACUGAACAGAGGAAUGUGUACAAAGACCUGCGUCAGAUUGAGCUUGCUUGUGACACUCAGGAGGAUGUCGACAGCUGGAAGGCUUCGUUCCUCAGAGCUGGUGUUUACCCAGAGAAAGACCAGGCUGAGAACGAAGAUGCGAUGAUUCCUAGCGACACGGUGUCCAUGGAUCCUCAGCUGGAACGGCAGGUGGAGACCAUCCGCAACCUCGUGGACUCCUACAUCAGCAUUGUCAACAAGUCCAUCCGAGACCUCAUGCCCAAGACCAUCAUGCACCUCAUGAUCAACAGUGCGAAGGACUUCAUCCACUCUGAGCUGCUGGCCUACCUGUACUCAGCAGGAGACCAGGGCAGUUUGAUGGAGGAGUCAGCAGAGCAGGCUCAGAGGAGAGAUGAGAUGCUGAAGAUGUACCACGCUCUGAAAGAGGCCCUCGUCAUCAUUGGAGACAUCAGCACCACCACUAUUUCUACCCCAGUGCCUCCACCAGUAGAUGACACCUGGAUGGCCAAGGACCCAAGUCCUCCUCCAGCAUCCCGCCCUGCCUCAGCAACAGCGCUCCCUCCGAGCCGACCCCCAGGAGUGAGGGGGCCCACCCAGGGUCCUCCGCUCCCCCUCAACCCCUCGCCAGCAAUCGGAGCACCGCCCGUGCCUACGCGACCUGGCCCUCCACCGGGGCAGACGGCUUACAUUGGCGAGCCCAACUCUGCUGCUGUGCCUCUUGUCCCAUCAAGGCCAGCCCGUGUGCCUCCUGCACUGCCCCCAGGGAUUCCCAGAAGACCCCCGGCUGCUCCCAACCGACCCACUGUCAUACGUCCUUCAGAGCCCUCCCUGCUUGACUAGAAACACAAAUCCAUACGCAAACACUUUUCUUUUUAUUUACACUUAUAUAUUUCUCUUGAGCAGAGAUAGUCAUUAAAUGUUUUUCAUGUAUAUUCCUAUAACUACAAGCUUUGUCCUACUGUUACUGAUAAUCUGAUGCUGUUUCAGUCUGUGCAUUUCAGAAGCAUUAUGUAUGUAAUUUUGACUUUUCGUGUAGGUAGCU